GUUUUGUAAUCAGCUGAUGGAGUAAACAAACCGCGGAGAGACAGCCCAUCGGUGUGAAUUUCCGGCGGGAUCUUAUUUAAGGAAAACCCAGGCUCCCUUUGCGCUCAUCAGAAUUGAAAUCACUAAAGCAGAAGUCCAGCAGUACUAGGAAAACCUGAGAACCUUUUAACAUACUCAACUCACCACCGUUUGAAAGAUGUCUUCUACUGACGGGGUACCAUUCACUAAACAAAUGCGAAAUGUUACAAAAGAAAUUCACAAUGUUAGUGAUGCAUUGAUAAAUGCCAAACUGGGAAUUGCUAUGUCGGAGGAUCGAGUGUGGGCUGAGGGUCUGUUGAUCUUUUAUGAAAUUUUCAAAUACCUCGAGGAAGCUUUAGACAGACUCUCUCACACCCUUAUUAGUGAUCUGGACAUUCCAGGCAUGAGACGGAAGGAAGCUUUUGAAAAGGAUUUAGCAUUCUAUCUAGGGAGUAACUGGAAGGACGGCUACAAGCCCAGGGAGAGCGUAUGCAAGUAUUUAAAGCACCUGGAGAAGAUCGAGCAGGAGAAUCCACACUAUCUCAUGGCUUACAUUUACCACCUGUACAUGGGGCUCCUGUCUGGCGGCCAAAUUCUGAGAAGGAAGAAGGUCCUGCUGCAGAAAUUCUCCUUUUCGCGCAAGGAUUCCGUGGAAGGAAUGGCAGUGACAGAAAUUGACACUUCAGUAUCCAGGCUGAAAAGGGAGAUGACGGAGGCCAUGAACAGCAUUGCCGAGGGGCUCGAUGAAGAGACGAAGCAGCGACUUCUGGAUGAGAGCAAGAUGGUGUUCAUUCUUAAUAACAGUAUUGUUCAUUCAGUAGAAGGAGCUGGUAGUGUUGUGGCCAUGAAAAUCCUCAAGUUUGCUUCGUAUGGAGUCCUUUCAGCAUUACUAUUUGUUUACAUUAAGAGGAUGCUAGUAGGGUAAGAAAACCUCUGAUGAAGUUGAUGAUGUAAAUAUGAACUUAGUUGGAGGGGCAAAUGUACAGGCUGUUGUGCUAUUCAGUUUAAUGGAGUCUUGAGUGCCCUCUCUAGUUUUCCUGUAAAGUCCGUUUCGAGGUCUGUUUCGCUAAAGAUUAAUGAAGAGCCUAUUAAAUGCCCAGGCUUUUAGUGAUAAGAUAUUUACAAGGACUUGAAAGGUCCUUGAAUGUAGAUAAAGUUAUGUAUUUUAUAUUGAUAAAAGAUCUAUAGCUUAAGGGAAACUGGAAAUAUUAAAAUGAAGUAAAGAGU